AUGAGUUGCUGGACUCUCCCCGACUUCGCGAAACACUUGAAGCGCGAUCCCGCUGGCAGGGGAUUCACCCACCUUGGCAAGGACGGUGUCUUACGUACCCUCACGGGGGACUACGAGGUCGUGGACGCGCGGGGCCUCAACCCCGAGGAGAUCAAAGAGAUUCUGGAUGCUAUGCCUCCGCAGAUGGCUCAGAUGAUUCAAAAGGAGGACUUUCGUGAUGUGGACGGUACAAAGGUUACAAGUGAAGAGGCACUAUUCCAUCCAGCGCCGGGUAUCCUGCCGCCGAAACCGAGCGAGGAGGAGGCUGCAGAGAGACGAAAGCUGGCGAAGCAGAGGCAGGAGGCCUAUUUGCAGGCAAAGAGGGAGCAGUGUGCGGAGCUGGAGUAG